GCUUGGAUUGCGAGCCUUGACGGAUUCAUGAUCGAGAUUACGGGGAUUCCCCGUUCCGAUAUCAUGCGUCUUGCGUGGUCUCGUGACUCUUACUCAAUGUUCAGUGUGUUAACCCGUGUAGCUUACGAAUAUUGUUUUGUGGUGCUCAAUCAUUGUCAGAGGGAACGAUGAUCUCUUCAACAUUAAUAUCGUAGCUCAUAUACGAACAUUAAAUGGGUUCUUCGGGGGAUGAAUCCACUCCGCUAAUCCCCAUAUGUGAAGCAACACGAAAGGGAGUGAAUGUCGUGGUAUGUAGCUGUAGUCGCCCUGAUAACGUGGAGGGGAUCAUGCUGCUCAUCAAUGCAAACAUGGCGGAUGUCGUCAAAACUGUGAGGUUUCAGGCUCUCCCUUACAACAUCAGAGACAUGGAUGCGUUUAAUUUCAGUGGGAUAGAUGUUCUACUUCUAUGUCAUUCUAUAGAGAACAGGCGAUUCUCACUUACCAACGUUACUGAUGCUCUCUAUGAUGGUUUCUUACCAAAGGCCAGAAUGUAUUUAGGGAAGAGCAAAGUAGGAGUGAUAGCACACGACUUCCCCGAUGAUGCACUCUUAUCGGAUGAAAUGGCUUCCAAGAUGGAAAUAUUUCGCGGUACCCAGGAGAGGACAUUCGCCAAUUCAUCUCUGGUGUUGAUCGGGGGUCAGCUCACGCGAACCCCGGUGGGACUAACAAAUGAUCAAAUCAAUAAAAUCAAAUGGUUCUUUCAUGAAGCCUCAUCGCCGACGAUAGGAGAAUGCUUGCGAGUUUGUCUCCAUUCGUGCUUUACUUGUUGCUGUUAGAUGUCAUUUGGUGGGAGAAAGAGAAGAAUCCUUUGGGAAUGUUGAAUAAUGAUCACAUCCACCGAGAUUAUUUAAUUAUUUCUUUUCUGCAUGGCUCCAUCAUUUUACACCAUAUUUCAUGUUUGUUUCAAAAAUCAUUAUUUUGCAAUAACGGAAACUCAUUGUGUUCAAUUGAAUUCAAUUGAAUUCAUUUCAUUUGUUGUCAAAUUCCAACAUCAAUUAAAACAAUGUGUAAAAACAGUCAAUGGGCAAUAAAAUCAUUUUAAAAACUAUGAAAUUUCAAUCAAACGACUAAGAAGAUAAAGAACACAACAAGUAUAGCAUUCAAUGAGAAACAAGGCAAAGAAAGGGGAAAAGUAGACCAUUUAAUACGCAAUUCAGUAUUGACAGACAACAUAACAAAACAUAUUAAGUGGAUAAGUGGAAAAUGGUGGACACAAGUUUGUGGCUUGUUAGAGUGUGUAAACCUAUUUUAGUAUUUGUUUUUACAUUAUUAUUAUAAAAUUUAGAGAUCGGUAUAUAUUUGGUAUACAUAAAACAAAAUACAUGAGAACAUGAGAACAUAAACAUAAAAAAAGAUAUAAGAGCAUCGAACCGUAUGGUAUGGUUCCACAGGAUAGUUUAAGAAGACAUAUUUAACAAAUUAAAAGUAAUCAAUAGGAACAAAUUAAACGUUUCUUAUAUUGCCUCCUGAAUGUGCUAUUAAAUGAAAUAUCGAUUUGGUUACAAUUUACAUUUUUCCGAAGAACUGGACCCAAAUAUCUCGGAGAGUAUUUUGAAUAAUCAGUGUUGGCUAACGUGUGAUAUAAUCAACUUCAAUAAUCAUGCAGCUUCAAUAAUCAAUAAGGAUUACAUAAACUUCUGAAGUGGUUCUUGAACCCGGGUAAAAUUCCUUUUCUGACUAUAUGCGUUUUGAGAAGAAAAAAGUAUAUAUGAUUAUAAUAUGAUUAGAAUUUAUUAUGAAUGUGAUUAGAGGUAGGGAUAUAUACGGUAUAUUCAGGGAUGCAAGAUCCGGAUCCUGUUCAUGAAUCUAUGAGGGCAAUACCGCAUGAUUUUGUUAACGAUGUACUUCCUCAAGACUAUGAAUCUAUGAUAAUAUCGUUGUUAAUAGUAUUCGCAAUUGUAACAAUUCUAUAUCUAUAAUUUAUUUCAAGUGCAGAAGUCUAAAGAAAAACUUUGACAAUUUUAUAUGUACUCUAUCAUUUAUUUCCCUCAUCCCGUUUCUAUCUUUGAAUUAUGUGAAACUUGACUCACUGAAUAGAAAGCAUAUUUUUAAACCUUGGUUUACCUUUGAACUAAAGAAACUAUGUAGAAAGAAAACUUAUGUAUCGGAAAUACAUCAAAAAUCCAAGCACCUACCGGAAAUCCGUCAAUACUGCAAUCGGAGAUCAGGUGAUUUGUGCUACAUGGGAUUAUUUAUGUCGAUGACACAAACUUGUUUCUAUAAGAAAAAAAUAUUACAUAUUUAUAAAACACCUUGAAUUCGGAAUUAUUAAAGAUUCUGAUUGGUUUGUAUCUAACAAAUUGAAAUAAAUCUUAUCAAGAAAUUCAUGACAUGUUGCAUGUUGUACAGCUCUAUUAUCACACACUAUUCCCUUUGUAAGUCGGUUAAAAGUUCAGGAUAUACACAAAUUGCAAAAAUCAAAUUUAUGUUUUCGUACUUUCACAAUUUGUUGUCUAAGUUUUUAGAUGUUUAUUCAUGAAAGUCGUCCGUUUGUCCAUACUCUACCAGACAGUCCUGUCAGAUUCGCAUUCCUACAUUUAAGUGUGAAUUUUCUCGUACCACACUCACAUUUAGUGGUCCCAAAAUAUGGAACUGUCUGGAGUCUGAAAUAAACAGUUGCCCUUCUUCUUCGAGUUCCAAAA